GUAGAGCUCGCCGGGUACCCGAGCCGGCGGCCGAGCCGGCGUCGUGCGUGCCGUGGUGCCGUGGCCGUGGUGCCGUGCAGUCCAGGAGCAUCCAGACACCCGGGCAGCCGCAGCAACACGCAGGCGAGACAGUCCAGAGGUCGUGAAGCAGCUCAAGUCGCGCGGCCACGAUGGAGCUGGACACGGCGCUGGAGGUCCUCAGCAGGAUCUGGGGCCGCUUCCAGAUGGUCAACUACUCCCUGCUGUGCGUGCCCAUCAUGUUCCACGCCUCCUUCUACCUGUCCUACGUCUUCACCGCCAAGCAGGUGGAGCACAGGUGCUUCAUCCCCGAGUGCGAGUCGGACCCGCUGCUGGCAGACCUGCGCCCGGCGUGGCUGCCGACCGCCAUGAGGGACUCGUGCUCCAGGCUGGCCACCAUCCCCGACGACAACUCGACGUGGACCUGCACGCCGGAGUCGUUCACCAACGUGUCGACCACCUGCAGCCAGUGGGUGUACCCGAGCAGGCAGCUGUCCAUCAUGAGCGAGUGGGACAUGACGUGCAAGGACAACUGGAAGGUGACGCUGGUGGGCACCAUCAACAACAUCGGCCGCUUCUGCGGCAUGCCGAUGGCGGGCCUGGUGUCGGACCGCUUCGGCCGGCGCACCGUGCUGCUGGCCGGGCUAGCGCUGGCCGGCGUCAUGGGCCUCAUGCGCUCGCUCGCCACCAACUACGUCUUCUUCGUCGUGUUCGAGUUCCUGGACCCGCUGUGCUACGCGGGGCUCUUCAGCGCCGCCUUCAUCCUCGGCAUGGAGCUGAUGCCGGCCAAGAAGCGCGUAAUCUGGAGCGCCUUCACGCACGGCGUGUACGCGGCCGGGGAGGCGCUGCUCGGCGUGGUGGCCUGGGCGCUGCUGGACUGGCGGUGGACGCUCAGGGCCUUCUACGGCCCCGCGCUGCUCAGCCUGUCCGUGCUCUGGGUGCUCCCGGAGUCCAUCCGCUGGCUGGCGUCCAAGGGCCGCACCAAGGAGGCCCUGAGCAUCAUCCGCAGGGCCGCGCACCUGAACCGCAUCCCCGCGGACCAGCUCAACAUCGACGACAUCAAGCUGGCCGCGGCUGCCGACAACGAGACUGCGGGCGCGGACAAGGACGAGCAGACCGUCUCCCAGGAGCUGCGCCAGACGCUGCGGUCUCGCGUCCUGCUGUGGCGGCUACUCAACUGCUGCUUCUGCUGGCUGACCAACAUGUUCGUGUACGACGGGCUGUCCCUCAACUCGGUGGCCGUGGCGGGCAACCAGUACCUCAACUUCAUCCUGGUGUGCCUGAUCGAGGUGCCCGCCGGGCUGGCGGCCUGGCUGCUCAUGGAACGCGCGGGCCGGCGCGCCUCCAUGUGCUCGUCGCUGAUCCUGGCCGGCCUGGCCUGCAUCGUGUUCCACUUCCUGCCGGCGGACUUGGCCUGGGCGCGCGUCACCGUGUUCCUGCUGGGCAAGUUCGGCAUCACCAUCUCCUACACCGUCAUCUACGUGCUCACGGCCGAGCUGUUCCCCACCAAGGUGCGCCACUCGCUGUUCGCAGUGUGCUCCACCAUCGGCCGCGUGGGCUCCAUCCUGGCGCCGCAGACGCCGCUGCUGGCCCGCCACCUGGACUCCCUGCCCCUCAUCAUGUUCGGCUCCAUGUCGCUCCUCAGCGGCGUCCUGGCCUUCUGGUUCCCGGAGACGCACAACGUGAAGCUCCCCGACACCGUGGAGGAGGCCGAGCAGAUCGGCGUCCGCAAGAAGACGGCCAAGAAGGCCCCGGAGCAGCAGGGCCACGUCAACGAGGUGUUCACCGUGGAGGACAGCGCCCCGGGGGCCACCAACGGGCACGCGCUGGCCGUCGACGUCGACCUGGACGCGGAGGCCGGCCCCGAGACCACCAGCGUGCGUCUGUGAGGCCCACCGCGCAGUGGCGAUACCCCGUGCGCCGCGCCGCUGCGGCCGGCCUACCCCACGCGUCGAGAGACUCUACUCAUGUCGCGUUGCCUGGAGGCUAGCGCCACCCGCGGCGCGCGGCCAGACGGGAAAACAAGAGUUACUGCUCUAGGCGAUAAUUAAUGAAUGGGAAAGCAAGCAAGUUGCCGAGCCGCUGUUGACAUGAAUAGCGAGGAGUACGUGCCAUACCAGACGAGGGUUUUCUCCAAUGCUUCGGGAUCAGUAUUAUUAGGGAAUGUUUAUUCAAGGCUUUCCAACGUCACACCAGAUUGUGCGUAUCGUCGCAGACAUGUCUCUGCUGCUCUGAAUCUUUGGUCUUUGAUACUGCACCAACUUAAUUAGUGUAAUCAAGUGGUUUACAUCAAGUACCUGACGAGGAUCUAUUUUUGUAUCUUAUCAAAAGAUAUCAUGCAGGACAAUGUCCGAAUGCAAUUCGACUACUUUUAAGUUUAUUUUAAUUUGUGUUAUUCUCCAAACGUGUUUGCAUUCCUCGUGCAACCUUGACCUGUGGAGUUACAAACUUGACUGAUUAAAGAAUCUUUACAACUCAAAC